CAUGGUCCUUCUCUCAAACCUUCAAAGAUGACUUUCUGGCCCUGUCAUAGUAAAGGGCUGCUUAGAAUAUUAGAGCCAAUGUCACAAAGUUCCUCCUGAAGUAUAAGUGAGUGAGAGAGUUACCUCACUUUGCAGCACAACACGUCUCACAAGAUUUCUACAAGCAAUCAGAGUGAAAUUUGUACUUUGUGUUGUCAGAUGAACAUAUGAGACACUUUGACUCUUCAGUGCAGUGUGGAGCCUAACAAAGAUCUGUUUUGUGUCCCAGCUGAUCAGCAGGAGGAGAAGAGUCUGACGGAGCAGCAGAGGAACAUUUUCAGCCAUCUGGACUCAGCUGAGUCACUACAGAGGAAACAAUGAGCUCAACACAGAAGGACCAACAUGGACCGAGAAGUCAGCGCUCUCAGGAGGCCGACAAACCUCACAUGAGAAAGAGAGAGAAAAAAUACACCUGUGACGAGUGUGGAAAAACUUUCAGCCACAUAAGGAGCUUAAAUACACACCUAAACAUUCACACCAGACAUGAUGUGUACUGCUGUGAUCAGUGUGGCAAACAGUGUACAACAGACGCAAAGUUACGACAACACAUGUUUACCCACACUGAGGAGAGACCUUAUAAAUGUGACCUGUGUGAAACGACUUUUAAAUCUCCACGUUACCUGAGACAACACCAACAGAUCCACAUCAGAAAGAGACUCUACAAGUGCAGUUACUGUGAGAAGCAGAGCGACACAGAUGGAUCCAGUUCUCAACCCUGUCAUCACUGUGGUGGUGGGAAAGACUUUCGUUGUGAUCUUUGUGGAAAAACUUUCAGUCGAAAACACACCCUAAAAGUACAUCAACGUAAACACACUGGAGACAAACUGAAAUACUGCAAAGAAUGUGGGAGAAGCUUCACCAGAUUAGCAGAUUUAAAAGAGCAUGAACUGAUUCACAGUGGGGUUAAAAAGCACCUCUGUGAUCAGUGUGGGUCAUCCUUCACCACUGCAAGUGACCUUAAAAGACACAAACGAUUCCACACAGGAGAGAAACCAUACAAGUGUAGACACUGUGACAAAAGCUUCUCACAAUCAGGCAAUCGUAACCUUCAUGAAUGUACACACGUGGAAGGAACCUACAGCUGUGACCAGUGUGACAAGAGCUUCAGGAAUCUCAGUUCAUACUCCGAACACAAACGAUCCCACGUUACUAAUAAACUGUUUCACUGUUACCAAUGUGCCAAAACAUUCACUUCAUUAUCUGCUCUGUGCAAACAUCAGCGUGAUCACUCAGGGCUGAAAUCACUCCCAUCACAGUGAAUCUAAAGAGACAGAAAGAUCCUCUUCUGGUUUCAGGGUCAGACUUAAAACCCUUGAGAUCAGGCUCCACAGAGUUCAGAUGUAAAAAUGUGAUGAGGCAGCUGUGAAUCUUAUGUUCCUCUAGUGUACUGAGAAAAAUUAAACAGGUGAUGAGUAAGAUAAACAUGUUAAACUGUGUUAUAGACAGGGAUGCACCUAACUGCUAUGCAGGUACGCAUGUGCGACAAAAAUUAAGAAUGCGUAGUGACACUUAUGUUACCAAGCGCCUUUGCGUGCUUGACCAUCUCAUUCAACCUGACACGUGUUGCUGCAGCUUCUUUGGUGUUUCGCCACCACCUAAAAAACACCAACCGGAGCCAGAGCUGAAGAAAAGACUUUUUUCAAAAAAGUGGCUCCAAAGUGCCGUGGCUUGAAGCUAUCAAUGAGUGCACUGAAAUGUGAUGCAAGUCAUUGCUAAUAAAUAAGCUAGCUGAGAAGAAAUGUCCAUAUUUAUAUUCUGAGGAUAUUAUUAUUGUAGCGGCUAGGAGUAAAUGUCAGACGUGCAUAUCAUUCACGUGAAGGGGGCACGGAUUGUGCAGAGCAGAGUUAGGAGCCAAAUUGCAGUCUGACGAAUUUUGGGGGAGGCUUUCCGAUGGAUCUGUGGACAUCACAAAAGUUGAGCAGGAAAUCAUUUACAUUGUGUCUGUGUCCAGCAAUGUAGAGUUUACCUCUGACUUUCUUGGACUGAUUGAACUGGGUGCUGACCGCACCGCACAGGGAUGGACUCGUGAGACUUCUUGAGGACACAGGCUUGGAGGACUGGACAACAAAGUUGGUCGCUGCGUGCACAAACGAGGCUGCUAUCAACGUGGGUAUGUCCAAUGGCGUUGUGCCAAAACUCCGGCAACUUGCUACAGUUGGAGACUCCCUUGUGCACAUUCUGUGCACAGCACACACACUGGAGAACUGCUUAAAAUCACUUGAUCGCAAGGUUCCUUACUGUGAGACAGUUAAUCGCUGUGUGGUCAAGCUGCUACAGUUUUAUUUGCAAAAAAAGUGGAGCAUAAAAAAAAUUGCUACACUUAAUAAGCUGUGUGAAAAUGGGAUCCCCUUUUAUCGGUAUCGGUCCUGUAUGGUGGUGCA